AUGCCUACUUUGUCUAUUCCUCCGACACUAGAGCCUAGCAAGGCGUUUCCAAUGAAGGCGCCUCCCGUCAUUGGACCCAAGACCAAAAGGGCCACUCGUCCAAACACUGCCAUUCCCAGCUUUCUCAUUGAGGAGGCGCAGGCCACACCCGUAGACACGGGGGAAGCCCAAAGACACAUGGCUUUUGAGCCUCCGGCGAAUAUCACAACCAUGAAGGAUAUUGGACUUGAAGGCCAAGGAAUUUCUCCCAACGCCGUGUCCGCUCCAUUCUCGCUGUUUACCAAAGAAGCAGUGUUGCAGAUGAGACGUGAAAUCUUUAGCGAGCCAGUCCUCAAGGAGUGUCGCUACAGCUCAGACUUUAUCGCCAACAUGAUUCGUGGUAUGGGACGCGACCGAGCCCCGUUUACUUAUGAAGCCUGGAACUCGCCGGAAGUACUUGACAAGAUUUCCCAAGUGGCCGGUGUGGAGCUGGUUCCGGCAUACGACUACGAAAUUGCAAACAUCAAUAUUUCCGUCAACGACCCAAACGAGGCAGUCGGCCCCGAUAUCGAUCAGGUGUCGGCAGUGGCUUGGCACUACGACAGCUUCCCAUUUGUCUGCGUGACCAUGGUUUCCGACUGCACAAACAUGGCGGGCGGCGAGACGGCAAUCAAACUGCCGGGCGGCGAAAUCCGAAAGGUCCGUGGUCCGAGCAUGGGGACCGCCGUCGUCAUGCAGGGGAGAUACAUCUACCACCAGGCCCUCAAGGCGUUUGGAUGCCGCGAGCGCAUAGCCAUGGUGACUCCCUUUAGGCCCAAGUCUCCAUUUAUCAAGGACGAGACCAUUCUUACCGGUGUGAGGGGCAUCAGCAACCUCGAUGAGCUAUAUCCGCAGUACGCCGGGUAUCGAUUCGGGGUGCUUGCGGAGCGUUUCCGUGAGCAGCUCAGGGAAGAGCGACGGAGAAAAAGCUCUGGUCGUUGUUUCGACAUUAACUCCGCCAGAGCCUUUAUUCUAGAACAAAAGGAAUACUUGGAGAGUAUGUUGGAGCAGAUGUACGAGGUGGACUAG